AAAAUGACAAUUGUUAUUUUAGACUUAAGUAUUUUUCGACAUUGCAUAGUGACAAUAUUAACUCUGUUGUGUGUUUGUACAUCAGAAUCUGUAAACUCAAAAAAAUGUCAAACCUAGUCAAAACCCCGGCAAUGGUACUUCAAGAACUAGCAACAAAGAAACGGUUUCCACCACCGCAUUACGAAAUUAUUAAUAGUGUCGCUGGAAGUCACAUCAAUAGAUUUGAUUAUAGAGUCAGAGUAGCUGGAGUGGAAGCCAUUGGUACUGGCUGCUCAAAACAAAUUAGUAAACAUGACGCUGCAUACAACGCACUAAAACUGUUAGAAAAGAGUGGUAUUUAUGACCCAAAAGAAAUACCUAUGAAGGAAUUUAAAGCCCCUAUUGUCCCAAAACAGAAUGAUUUACAAGCUGAUUGUGCUGUGUCUUCACCUGUUAACUUCGUAGCUCCUUUGAAAGACAUUUGUGCUGAAAAGAAACUUCAAGAUCCAGUGUUUAAGGAACUAUCAGUUGUUGGUCCAGCACAUUGUAUAGAAUUUACUUAUGAAUGUGCCGUAGGUUCUGUUAAAACUGUUGCGACUAGCACAACAAAAAAGAUGGCAAAACAAUUAGCAGCAAAUAAGAUGAUGGAAAAGUUAAAAGAUAUUCUACCGGAUUUAUUAUUAGAUGCUUAUAAGAAGGAAGCAUUACAACAGAGAGAUACACCUACAGAAACUAAUUAUUUUAAAAUUCUCGAACGUUACAAUAAGUUAUUCGGAAAAGUUAUAUCGGAUAAAAAAGUAAAAAUAAAGGAUUUUGCAUCUGUUUUCAGUAAACUGAUGAAAAAAUUUGAAAAAACCAGACAGGAUUUUGUUGAAGAUCUAUGUGAGAAGACAGAAGAAUAUCUAGUCAGAUUUUUAAACAAGAUGGAACUACAGCAUGAUAUUAUUCCCAUACAAGAAAAAUCUCCAAUUAUUGUCACUUUAUGUAUCAAUACUGAUGUAUCAUUUACUGCAAUGGGUGUAGGUCCGGAUUUCGAAGAGGCAAAAGAAGACGCGCUACAGCAGGCAUUUAUAAUGUUAGAUUGUUAUAUUAAAGAAUAGUUAUUGAAUAAAAAUUAUUUUU